AUGCAAGCAAUCCGCGUCCACCCCUCCCAACCCCCCUCACCACCCUACACCCCCUCCAACCCCGCCUCCUCAACCUCUCUCCACCUCGACAAAACCCCCAUCCCAACCCCAAAAGAACCAGGCUCCGUACUCAUCCGCAUAAAAGCAUCAACCAUCAUCCGCGACAUGCUCACAUGGCCCGAAACAUACGCCCACCCCUACAGCAUCCCGGGAAACGACUUUGCCGGGACGGUCGUCCAGGUCGUUCCGGGUCCCGGCGGGCAGUCUGCGUUUCAAGUCGGCGAUGAGGUCUUUGGCAUGGUUCAUGCGGAUCGGCCGUGCACUUGGGCGGAGUAUGCGGUUGUUUUGGAGAGUGAGGUUGCCAGGAAGCCUGUUGCUGUGGGAUGGGAAGGGGCGGCGGCGUUGCCGCUUAGUGGGAUGACCGGGUUUGAGGCGCUUUUUGAACAUGGCGGGUUGGAUUUGCCUGAUUGGGGGGAUUCAUCGAGUGUUGAGACGAAAGAAAAACAGAAGGAGGUGUUGAUUACCGGUGCAGCUGGGGGUGUGGGCAUUUAUCUGGUGCAGUUAGCAGCAGCAGCAGCUGGGGUACGGGUUACUGCGGCGAGUAGCUCGAGUGCUCGGAAUGGGGAGUUUCUACGGGAAUUAGGUGCCCAUGAGGUUAUUGAGUAUUCAGCGCUGGAGGGUGUGAAGGGUCGAUUUGAUGUUAUUAUCGAUACGGUGGGUGGAGAGACGUUGGCGAGAUGUUGGGAGUAUGUUCGAGAUGGGGGGUCGCUUGUUUCGGUGGAUUCGGCGAGCUACGAUUUUGUGGAGGAGCAUCGCAAGAAAGGGAUUGCUAGGGAUGGAGUCAAGGCUUUGUUUUUCAUUGUGAGGGGGAGUAGUCGGGCUUUGAGUUUUUUGGGGGAGUUGGUGGAUCGGGGAUUGUUGAAGGCUUUUGUGGCGGGUAGUUAUCCCAUUGAUCGGGCGAGGGAGGCUUAUGACUUUGCGAAUGGCCGGUAUACGGGUAGGGGGAAGGUUGUACUUACUUUGUGA